UGUAGGAAGUUUUGUUCCUUGUAAUUCGGACUACAAUGAAUCCUGUUACUUUAUAUAAUAAUGAUAUUUUCACUAAUGUGCCGGUUGAAGCUCCAGUAGAACGAAAUUUUUACCCAUAUGCAGACAAUGGCGGUACUUCGUUAGGCAUUGCUGGUGCUGAUUUCUGUUUAAUGGCUUCCGAUACUCGCAAAAGCUCUGGAUAUUCUAUACAUUCGCGUUAUUCACCCAAAGCUUUCAAAUUAACCGAAAAAGCGGUGUUAGCUACAAAUGGAUUCGCUGCCGAUGGACUCGCAUUGACUAAGAGACUGGGACAAAAACUGGAGUGGUAUAAACACGCCCACGAUAAAGAAAUGUCAACACCAGCAUUGGCUCAGAUGCUGGCUAAUACCUUGUAUUAUAAACGUUUUUUUCCGUAUUAUACUUUCAAUUUGCUAGGAGGAAUUGAUGAACAAGGUAGAGGCGUGUUAUAUAGUUUUGAUCCCGUGGGAUCUAUGGGUACUGAAGUUUGUAGGGCUGGUGGCAGUUCUGCUGCUUUGAUACAGCCAUUUUUAGACAACCAGGUUGCAUUAAAAAAUCAACAAGGUGUUCAGCAAACUCCCUUGUCUUUGGAAGCGGCAAUUCGUAUUACGAAGGAUUCAUUCACUUCAGCAACAGAAAGGGAUAUUUAUACUGGCGAUUAUCUUGAAAUUUUUAUUAUUAGACAAGAAGGCACUACAAUUGAAAGGAUUGAUUUGAAAAAAGACUAAAAAAUCCUAGAACUUAU